AUGAAGACCGACGCUGCGGGCGCCCCAGGCAGGCGAGCAAGCCUCCAAGAAGAUGGGGAGAAGGACGCGCCGGCCACAGAGCCCCUAGGCAAGGGAGAGGGCCUGGUCUGGGAGGAAGAGGAAGGAAGAGCCACCCUGAUCCUGACCUUCACCCUCCGGAAUGCUAGAAAGGCCGGGCUCUCUAAGACAGCCAAAGUCUUCGAGACUUUUGAAGCUGGAAUCCAUCACUUUGAAACCAGGCAAGCCAAAAAAUCCAAGAACACUACUGAUGACCUCGAAUUUUUUGUCAAAUGUGAAGUUCAUAAUUCUGAUGUCAGUGUCCUUAUAAACUCCUUAAAGAAAGUGGCAGAAGAUGUGAAAACUAUCAGAGAAGAGAGAGUCCCAUGGUUUCCAAAGAAAAUAAGAGACCUUGACAAGUGCCACCAUCUGAUUGCCAAGUAUGAACCUGAUUUGGACCACGAUCAUCCUGGCUACACUGACCCAGAGUACAGGAGACGGAGAGCCUUCUUUACAGACCUGGCCUUCAACUACAGAGAAGGAGACCCUUUGCCUCGAGUUGAGUACACUGUCCAGGAGACUGCUACUUGGAGAGAAGUCUACAGGAAGCUGAGCAGCCUCUAUCCUACCCACGCCUGUAAGCAGUACCUGGAUGCCUUUCAGCAGCUGGAGAAAUGCUGUGGAUACCAGGAAGAUAGUAUACCUCAGCUUCAGGAUAUCUCCAGAUUUUUAAAAGAAAGAACAGGCUUUCAGCUGAGACCGGCUGCAGGGCUGCUAUCUCCUCGUGACUUCCUUGCCAGCCUGGCAUUUCGUGUCUUUCAGAGCACACAGUAUAUAAGGCAUUCCUCUUCCCCUACGCAUUCUCCAGAACCGGACUGCUGCCACGAAUUGUUGGGUCAUGUUCCCAUGUUAGCAGACAAAGAAUUUGCACAGUUCUCACAGGCUAUUGGACUGGCUUCUCUUGGAUCAUCUGAUGCUGAGAUUGAAAAACUGGCAACACUCUAUUGGUUUACUAUUGAGUUUGGUCUCUGCAAACAAAAUGGAUCCAUCAAAGCUUAUGGGGCAGGACUCCUUUCAUCUUACGGGGAGCUUGUGUAUGCUUUAUCAAACAAGCCUGAGCACAAACCGUUUGAUCCUGAACUGACUGCAGUUCAUCCAUAUCAGGAUCAGACCUUCCAACCCGUCUAUUUUGUAGCAGAAAAUUUUGAAGAUGCCACGGCCAAACUCCAAAAAUAUGCUCUGAAGAUCAAGAAGCCUUUUUCUCUUCACUAUGAUCCAUUCACCUGCAGCAUAGAGGUUCUGAAUACACCUCAGAAAAUCAAGAACAGGCUCAGUCAAAUGAAAGAGGAGCUGAAAAACCUCUGCUGUGCCCUUGAAAACAUUUCUUAA